AUGAUUAAAACGUCUAAGAAAUCUAUCAUUUUCUUGACCUGUUUGGUGUGGGUGUUAGAGAAUCGUUGUCGAGCUCAUUACCCUGAUGCCAUUACUGACGAAUACUUAUCGGAAGAGAAGUGCCCAGCUUUACCCAAAGAUAGGGAUUGUUAUUGCGACGUCAUGGAAACUAAAACGCCAGAAAAGCUAAUCGAAGGCGAACAAACUGCAACUAAUACCAAGUAUUUUUCUCUGAGGUGUAUUUCCAUCCACCAACAAAAGGAUUUACUGGACGCGUUACGAAUCUUAGCCGAGACUGCUUCAUAUAACAUUAGUUUGCAUGUGGAAUAUAGUCGAUUUUUAUAUCGCAUUUUGCCCUCGAGUUCGAAAAAAUGACAAAUGCUGGCUCCAAGCAACGCAGACCUAUCAAUAUCCAAAGCUUAUCGCUGCACUACAUUAAAUAUAAUAGCAUAGCCCCCGAAGCCUUUCAGUCAUUGGCCCAAAAUCUUGUUUCACUGGCCAUAUUCGAUAGCACGGAUAAGCCGACCCUGACAGGGCCCAAGCUUGAUAUGCUUUACAAAGCAUUGAAACCCCUAAAAAACCUGAAAACGCUUGAUUUGAUCAUUCCGGAAGAACUUGAAUUCGACGCCUCAUACUUCGAAAACUUUCCCAAGCUUGAAGCCCUCUUCCUGAUGUUACCCAAUUUGUUACACCUCAAGAAUUCUAAAGGGUUUAGGUCCUUAACAAAUCUUAAAGGAUUGACAUUCGCGAACAAAUUACCCUACCUUCCGAAAUCGUUGGUCUCGCUUCCUCACUUAGAAAAGUUGCAUUUCUAUUCCAGUUCGCUGUCAACUUUCCAAAAUGAUACCCUGAGCAGCUUUGGCCCUAAAUUAAGUGGACUCGAUUUAUCCAGUAAUCACAUUGAUAAAAUUCCGGUCGGCACUUUUCAAAAGAUCCUCAAAUUAGAAUAUCUUGCUUUAUCCGACAAUCAUCUCGAGUCACCCUUAUGCUCACCGUUGCAUUCUUCCAUCGAUAUCUCUGGAGAGAGAAAUGAAGACAUAACAAUUGAAAGAGAUGUGCAUGGCAAAGCCGAGACCAAAAAUAAUAACCUGACUCAUCUGGACCUGUCUGAUAAUGAAUUCAAGGAUGGCUCCCUUACGAAGGAGACAUUUGCAAGUUGUACCUCCCUUACAGAAUUAUUCUUGGAUGAUAACGAUCUUGCAAGCCUGCCGGGUGAUAUGUGUUAGACGAUUCCCGAAAUAGCCUUCAGAUACUUUCAUUCAUCCAAAAUAGGCUUAAGCAGUUUCCCAGUUCGCUGUUAUCCAAACUGAAUAACCUCACAUAUCUCGGCCUCGGUAAAAACGAGAUCCAAAAUGUGCCCAUUU